ACGGGAUUUUAAAGCACUUUUGAAAAGAGGAAAGACUAUAUAUUGGGCUAAAACACCAGCUAAUGAACUUCGGGAUGAUGGAAGCACACUGACGGCAAGAUUGAGCUACUAAACAGCACAUUUGAAAAUGAAGCAGACGCAGAUGUAAAGAGAUAACGUGAUGAUGGAGCAGGUCGUGAAGGACACGUUUAACAUCUCUGAAGCGGUGCAGGGAACGCUACUGAUGCUGACAGGGACGUUAUUGAUGAUUCUGCUGCAUAAAAUAUUUACAGCCAAGAAUCAGAGGAGUCAUUCAGUCAUUCCAGGUCCGGGUUGGUGGCUGGGUCUCGGCCCAGUUCUGAGUUACAGCAGGUUUCUGUGGAUGGGAAUUGGCUCUGCGUGCAACUACUACAACGAAAAAUAUGGCAGCAUUGCUCGGGUCUGGAUCAACGGAGAAGAGACCUUUAUACUUAGCAAGUCCUCUGCCGUGUAUCAUGUUCUGAAGAGCAAUAAUUACACCGAGAGGUUUGCCAGUAAGAAAGGUCUCCAGUGCAUCGGCAUGUUUGAACAAGGCAUUAUUUUCAACAGCAACAUCGCAUUGUGGAAGAAAGUCAGAACGUAUUUCACCAAAGCUCUUACAGGUCCGGGCCUCCAGAAGUCAGUAGACGUGUGUGUCAGUGCAACCAACAAACAGCUUAACGUCCUGCAGGAGUUCACAGACCACUCAGGACAUGUGGAUGUACUCAAUCUUCUGCGCUGUAUCGUUGUGGACGUUUCCAAUAGACUCUUCCUAAGAAUCCCUCUCAAUGAGAAAGACUUGCUGAUAAAGAUCCACCGGUAUUUCAGUACAUGGCAGACGGUUCUCAUACAGCCAGAUGUUUUCUUCAGACUAAACCCCACUAAAUACCACUUGGCAGCAAAAGAGCUGCAGGAUGAAAUGGGAAAGCUUGUGGAGCAAAAGCGACAGGCCAUUGAUAACAUGGAGAAGCUGGAUGAGAUAGACUUCGCAACAGAGCUGAUAUUCGCUCAGAACCACGACGAGCUGUCUGCGGACGACGUGAGGCAAUGUGUGUUAGAGAUGGUGAUCGCUGCUCCAGACACCCUCUCCAUCAGUCUGUUCUUCAUGCUUCUCCUGCUGAAGCAGAACUCUGUCGUGGAGGAGCAGAUCGUACAGGAGAUACAAUCUCAGAUAGGUGAGCGGGACGUGGAGUCCGCCGACCUGCAGAACCUUAACGUUCUAGAGUGCUUUAUCAAAGAGUCACUGCGGUUCCAUCCGGUGGUGGACUUCAUCAUGAGACGAGCUCUGGAGGACGACUACAUCGAUGGCUACAGAGUGGCGAAGGGGACGAACCUCAUCCUGAACAUCGGACGCAUGCACAAGUCUGAGUUCUUCCAAAAACCCAACGAAUUCUACUUGAAGAACUUUGAGAACACCGUUCCCAGCCGUUACUUCCAGCCGUUCGGCUGCGGCCCGCGGGCCUGCGUCGGGAAGCACAUCGCUGUGGUGAUGACGAAAGCCAUCCUGGUGACCCUGUUGUCGAGGUUCACGGUUUGUCCCCGUUACGGCUGCACCGUCAGCACCAUCAAGCAGACCAACAACCUCUCCAUGCAGCCCGUGGAAGAGGAUCCCGACCGCCUGGCCAUGCGCUUCAUUCCACGCGCUCGGAACCAAACCUGAGCGCCUAAGAAAACACACAGGAAUAGAAACCUUUAAAGCCGCGCCGAGUGAUUUAUUUCGCCUAAGAGUGUAAAGUGGGCUUUCCAUGUAAAGACUGCAGUAGUAGUUGAACUUACCUCAAACUCGAUGUCGAUGCGUAGCAUUUGGUGAACUCUCAUCCAAAAAUGACAAUUACGUUAUUCGUUUCUCACCCUCAUGUCGCCUUUGUUCAUCUUCAAAAUUAAAAUUAAGAUAUUUCUGAUGAAAUUCGAGAGCUUUCUGACCCUGUAUAGUCAGAAACGCACCUGACACAUUCGGGGAACUGAAGGACAUUUCCAAAAUAGUGCUCAUUUUUGUGCAGAAAAUGUUUUCUUGUAGCUUCAUAUCAUUUGUCUUAACCACUGAUGUUAUAUGGACUGUUUUAACAAUGUCCUUGCUACGUUCUUGAACAUGUCAGUUGCUUUGCUGUCUAUCCAGGGUCAGAAAAUUAAUCUUAAUUUGUGUUCUGAAGAUGAACAAAGGCGUUACAGGUUUGUACCGACAUGAAGGUGAAUAAUUACAGGCAGAGUUUUCAUUUUUAGGUGAACUAUCCCUUUAAAAAGUGCUCUAGCUCACCUAGUUUGUAGUUGACAACCAAAACAUCUGUUUUGUCGCAAACUAAUUUACGAUACUACUAAAGUGAUUAUUUGCUGUAGUGCAUGCUCUGUAGUGCUGCAUCCGAACUAACCAAUUUAACGCGUUUAAACUACAUUUAAUGAGAAAGAUUUUUAUUUACUGGAACUGACUGUUAUGUGAAAAGUGAAUGAUAGGUAAAAGAAUGGAGAUGAACGGAGCGAGUCAAUGCUUAUGAAGAAAACUGUUAAGAUUUUUAUGAAAGAUUAAGAAGAUUUUCUUUGGAAUAAUGUUCACUUAAAAAAAAAAGUUUGUUUCAUGUUAUAAAAAAUAUUUGAUGUUGACUGUAGACACAAAAUAUUAUGAAAAUAGCAGGAAUGUUUGAUAGCUGUAUAUGCACUGCUUUUGCGGAAUAGGCCAAACUAUUUUUUUGUUUUUUAUUCCAAUAAAGUGUAUUGAUAAUUAGCUACA